GAUGCGGCCAGAGCCGAAGAAGCUGCUGCGGGUCGCCAUGGCCGCGCCGAGCCCGGGGCCCCGCGAGGUCCUGGCCCUGUCCCCAGAGGCUGGACGCAAAGCAACUACCUCAAGGUCCGGCCGCCGUGGCCUUCUCGGGCGUCUACGAGACAAGCAGCUGCGCCUGGGCCUGUUUGAGAUCAGCCCGGGGCAUGAGCUGCACCGGCUGACGUGCAUGAUGCAGGCAGGGCUGUGGGCUGCCACCCAGGUCUCUAUGGACCACCCACCCGGGGGACCGCCCACUGAAGAGGAUUUCUCCGAGGUCCUGACCCAGGUUCACGAGGGCUUCGAGCUGGGCACCCUGGCUGGCCCGGCCUUCGCCUGGCUGCGCCACUCCCUAGGCCUGGUGGAGGAGGACUAUCGGGCCGCCCUGGGGCCCGGCAGCCCCUACCUGCAGUUCCUGAGCACCUCCAAGAGCAAGGCCAGCUUCUUCCUGUCGAACGACCAGCGCUUCUUCCUGAAGACCCUGCGGCGCAGGGAGGUGCGGGUGCUGCUCGCCCACCUGCCCCGCUACGUGCAGCACCUGCAGCGGCACCCGCAUUCGCUGCUGGCGCGGUUGCUGGGCGUGCACAGUCUGCGGGUGGCCCGGGGCAAGAAGAAAUACUUCAUCAUCAUGCAGAGCGUCUUCUAUCCAGCUGGCCGCAUCUCCGAGAGGUAUGACAUCAAGGGCUGCGAGGUGAGCCGAUGGGUGGAGCCGGCCCCGGAGAGCAGCCCCCUUGUCUUGGUGCUGAAGGACCUCAACUUUCAGGGCAAGACCAUCAACCUGGGGCCCCAGCGGAGCUGGCUGCUGCGGCAGAUGGAACUGGACACCACCUUCCUCCGGGAGCUCAAUGUGCUGGAUUACAGCCUGCUGAUGGCCUUCCAGCGCCUCCAGGAGGAUGAGCGGGGUCCGGGCAGCCUCCUGUUCCGCACAGCCAGGUCUGUACAAGGGGCACAGAGCCCGGAUGAGCCCGGAGCUCAGAACCGCCGGCUGCUGCCCGACGCUCCCAACGCCCUUCACAUCUUGGACGGCCCGGAGCAACGCUAUUUCCUGGGUCUCGUGGACCUCACCACCGUCUACGGGCUUUGCAAGCGGCUGGAGCACCUGUGGAAGACGCUGCGCUACCCCCACCGCACCUUCUCCACCGUCAGCCCCGCUGUCUAUGCCCGCCGCCUCUGCCAGUGGGUGGAGGCGCACACUGAGUGAUCAGCGUCUGGCCGCGCGCUCCUCAUCUGGACAAAGGGUGCACGUUCGGAACGGCCUGUUCCAGCCUGGUCAGGGCAACGGGUCGGGCUCCCCUCACCUGCUGUUCCUCUGGCUGGCCUCCAGAGGGCAGAAUUCCCUAACUAAUAAGACACAGCCUCCUCUGAGGGCGACGCUGUGCCCGGCAUCGUGCCAGGGAUUCUCCACAUUAGCUCAUUCCAUCUUCAAAAAAAAAUUGCUGUUAUUCUCUUUUUACAGACCACGAACUGGAGGCUCAGGAGAUGAAGGGACUGAGCAAGCUGACUCAGCAGUAAAUGCUGGAACAAGGACUCAACCAUGCCUUUCAGAUUCAGGAGCCCUAUUCUUACCCAUCGGCUCCUGCAGCCCUGCCCUCAUGCUGUGGGAGAGAGGCGAGGCUGAAGGCUCCGGCUCAGGCCCUUUGUCGUCCAGAUGGGGAAACUGAGGCCCAGAGACUUGAAGUGGGCUUAUGCACGGGUGGCAGACCUAGGACCCUGGCCAAACAGACAUCACCGGGAGCAGAGGAGCAAAGGGCCUGCACAGCCGCUGAUCAUCCCCUGUCCCUCCUCCAGGAGACGGCAGCCCGGCCUCUGACAUCAGUCCAGUCUGACGGUGCCCAAGCUGGCCUUCCCUCUGGUGCUGCUCUGGGGGCCUGCUGUGUGACCGGGGCAAGGUGCUAUACCUCUCUGUGCCUCGGGGGUCUAGUCUGUCAGAUGGAAGGAUGAAAAUGGACCUCCUGAACUCAUUCAGUGUUUAUGGAGCACCUGCUGUGCUUUGGGGGGACCUGGGGGUGGAGCAAGAGGCACAGAUCUCGCCUCCGCAGAACUCCCUGUGUGGAGUGUGGCGGCGGUGAGAGAAGCAGACUGGUGAAACGGACCCUUGGGAAGGAGCAUGGGACCAUGAAGCUCAGGGAAGGGGCCCCCUCCUAAGGACAGGAUGAGCGGGGCGGUUUCUAACCUCUACACUGAGAGCAGAGGGGUUGGGUGCAGCCCUGGGGAGGUCCCAGGCUGAGAGCACGGCAAAGGGUUGCAGUGAGAGAGCGUGGCCUUUGAAAUAAAGAAACACGUCUCUGUGGUCGGCGUUGAGAGUGGAUGGGGCGAGUGUGGUGAGGGGCUGCGUGGGCCAGGAGCUGCCCCGCCAGGA